AUGCUGGAGGACGGGGAUCCCAAUCUACAGCCAGGUUUAGAAAUCUGUGAUCCUUGUGGCCUGAAGGUCAAACUCCCUGCUGAAGCGCACCAUGCAGAGGAGUCCCCACUCAGCUUCUACAGCUGCUCAACAGCAUCACAGUCCCUAGGAUGCCACGAACAGCUGGAUCAAAAGGACAGCCUGGCCUCUGAAGACCCCAGAGAAUACUGUUACGGUGGGUACCACCCUGUUCAGAUAGGUGACACAUUCAACAGAAGAUACAAGGUGGUUUCUAAGCUUGGCUGGGGCUAUUUCUCUACUGUGUGGCUCUGUCUGGACCUCAGGCUGGGUCAGCAUGUUGCUGUGAAGGUGCUGAAAAGCGGACCAGGCUUCACCCAUGCAGGACAGGAUGAACUGGCUCUCCUACGAUGUGCCAGCGGUCCUACGAGCCGUCACCCCUCCAGCCAAAGGAUUGUUCGGCUGCUAGAUGAGUUCAAGCUGGUCGGGGUCAAUGGGAUCCACAUAUGCCUGGUGCUGGAGCUGCUGGGGCCUGACCUGAGGGACUGGCAGCUAUGUUUUGGAAAUCCAGGACUGCCACAACCAUGGGUCAAACAAAUACUUACUCAGGUUCUGCAGGGUCUCGACUACCUUCACACUCACUGUAAAAUCAUCCACACAGACAUCAAGCCAGAGAACAUCCUGCUGUGUUUGGAGGAGCAGUGCCACAAAGUACCAGCAGGGGGCAGCAACUUUCCCUCUGUCUCUGUACUAACUGGGAAGGAGGCCAAGUCCACAGAAAAGAAACAGGUGAACCCCUACAGUUUAAAGGAAAUUAGAGUGAAGAUCGCUGACCUGGGCAGCUCCUGCUGGGUGUACAAACAUUUCUGUGAGGAGAUCCAGACCCGUCAGUAUCGCUCACUAGAGGUUUUACUGGGUUCUGAGUACGGCCCGCCUGCUGACAUCUGGAGUGUCGCCUGUAUGGCCUUUGAGUUGGUCACUGGAGACUCGCUGUUUGAACCUAAAGCCGCCGGGUCCUUGUCCCUGGAGGAAGACCACAUAGCCCAGAUCAUGGAGCUGCUUGGUAAAAUCCCACCAGCUGUUGCCUUGUCUGGCAAAUACUCCGCAGACUACUUCACUCAAAGAGGUGAUCUGCGACGUGUCAGAACACUGAGGUUCUGGAGUCUCUACGACGUCCUGGUGGAGAAAUACCACUUCCUGUUAGAGGAGGCCUCUGGAUUCUCAGACUUCCUUCUACGCAUGUUGGAUUAUCAUCCAGAGAGGAGGGCCACCGCUGCACAGUGCCUCUGCCACCCUUGGCUGACAUCCUGA